GACACAAAGUUUACCCGGAGACAUUUUACAACCGUGCCAUUUGUGAGCUAGCCUCUUCUAGUUAGCGGUCUGUUUGUUUGCGAGUGUGUUUGAUGAGGUGUAGAGGAAAGAGGAGAUGUGGUCAUUUUUUGCCAGGGAUCCUGUCAAAGACUUUGCUUAUGAAAUUCUGCCAGAAACCCAGGAGAAGUCUGGAAUAUGGACUCUACAUCGGGGGAAGCGAAAGACCAAUGGAGAGCCAGUCUCGGUGUUUCUGUACGAGCUAGCACAGGGAACAGAGCAGCAAACCCAGCUAGCCAAGGCUGCCUUCAAGCGUAUGAAGACCCUGCGUCACCCAAACAUCCUGGCUUAUGUAGAUGGAUUGGAGACCGAGAAGAGCCUGUACCUGGUUACUGAGCAGGUGACACCCCUGGCAGUCCACCUGAAGGCUCAGGCAGAGAAGGGUGGAUCUGGGGAACUGGAGGUCUCCUGGGGUCUGCACCAGAUAGUGAAAGCUCUGAGUUUCCUGGUCAACGACUGCCACCUACUCCAUAACAACUUGGGAGUAUCGGCUGUUUUUGUGGAUCGAGCUGGGGAGUGGAAGCUUGGGGCCCUCGACCAUGUGGCCCCUGAGCAGGGGGACCCAAGUGGGGUCUCACUUCCAACCCCCAAAGCUGUUUACCCAGACAUGGAGAAAUAUGACCCACCAGAGAUGCCCAAUAGCAGUGGAGAGAAAUGGGCAGGGGAGGUGUGGCGGCUAGGCUGCCUGAUCUGGGAGGUGUUCAACGGGCCACUACCUCGCACGUCCUCCCUUCGGUCACUGGGAAAGAUCCCCAAGGCCCUAGUUCCUCAUUACUGUGAGCUGGUGGGGGCCAACCCCCGAGCUCGGCCCAACCCCGCCCGCUUUCUCCAGAACUGUAGAGCCUCUGGGGGAUUCCUCAGCAACAGCUUUGUGGAGAGCAACCUUUUCCUGGAGGAGAUACAGAUCAAAGAACCGGCUGAGAAGCAGCAGUUCUUCCAGGAUCUGAGUGACAAUCUGGACUCCUUCCCUGAAGACUUCUGUAAACACAAGGUCCUGCCUCAGCUGCUCAUCGCCUUCGAGUUUGGCAAUGCAGGGGCCGUAGUCCUCACCCCGCUCUUCAAGGUGGGGAAGUUCCUGUCAGCAGAAGAGUACCAACAGAAGAUCAUCCCCGUUAUUGUGAAGAUGUUCUCCUCCACAGACAGAGCCAUGAGGAUACGACUGCUGCAGCAGAUGGAGCAGUUCAUUCAGUAUCUGAAUGAGGCCGCAGUCAAUUCCCAGAUUUUCCCUCAUGUUGUUCACGGCUUCACAGACACAAACCCUGCCAUCAGAGAACAGACUGUUAAGUCUAUGUUGCUGAUGGCUCCAAAGUUGAAUGAGACUAACCUGAACCAGGAUCUGAUGCGUCACUUUGCCAGGCUGCAAGCCAGAGAUGAACAAGGCCCAAUCCGGUGCAACACCACCGUCUGCCUGGGCAAGAUCGCCUCCUACCUCAACGCAGGGACUCGACAGCGUGUUCUGAUUUCUGCCUUCUCUCGAGCCACAAAAGACCCCUUCCCAGCUUCGCGCUCCGCCGGUGUACUGGGCUUCGCCGCCACACACAACUUCUACAGCAUAACAGAGAUCGCCGCCCGCAUCCUCCCCACCCUCUGUGCCAUCACUGUGGACCCCGAUAAGAGCGUCAGGGACCAGGCAUUUAAAGCCAUCAAGAGUUUUCUUAUCAAGCUGGAGACCGUAUCAGAAGACCCGACCAAGCUGGCUGAUAUCGAGAAGGAUGUAGCAUCGUGUGCGCAGCCUGCAGGUGCUUCUUCCAGCUGGGCCGGCUGGGCUGUGACCGGCAUGUCCUCCAUAACUUCUAAGCUGAUUCGCAACGCUCCGGGGACAGAGGGGGGUUCUGCUGCUGCUGCUGCUGAUGAAAGCGCAGCCGCUGAAGGCAGCGAGCCCGCAAAUGCCACCAGCCCCACCUAUGCCCCUGAUGGAUUACCUGCAGGCUCUGAAGAUAAAGCUCCACAAGCCUCUGUGACUCACCAUGCUGCCUCUAGUCGUGCUAACCAAUCACAGACUCGUGAAGUGACAGGCAACAAUGAGGAACCAAUAGGAGACCGCUGGGAUGACGAGGAGGACUGGGGACGUUUGGAAGAUCCAGAGAAGGCUCACACUGAGCCUGAUGAGUGGAACACUGACUGGUCAGGGGUGGCUUCAUCCAAAAAGAAGGCCAGUGACAAAGGAGUGGGCCGGUCGUCGUCCUCCAUGGCAGUGAAAAAGCAGAGCGCUGACUGGAGCAGCUCAGGGUGGGAAGCCGACGACAGCUGGUCCAACGAUAAGGAAGGGCAGGGUCAGAGCUCUGCGGGCGAGGAAGGCUGGGGCAAUGACUGGGGGGAGGAGGACACGGACACGACCUUGACUAAUACGACGCUCCCCCAGCCCGAAGGAGUGCGGUUAGCCAGCGAUUACAACUGGGACAGUAGCAGCUCAGCCGCCAUCGGGGUCAAUCAGAAUGAUUUGUUCGCCAGCGUGUCUCAGAGAAACACGGCCGGCACUGCUGCCACCCCGACUGGAGAAGGCUGGGCUGCGGAGGCAACAGGAGAGUGGGGAGCUGAGGAGAGCUGGGAGUCAGUGGAUGGGAAUCAGGGUCUCAGCAAGGCAGAGGUGUCCAAGAAGAAACGGGAGGAGAGGAGGAAAGAACUGGAGGUGAAACGGGCGGAGCGCAAAGCUGCUAAAGGUCCUCUCAAAUUGGGCGCACGCAAGCUGGACUGACGGGGAUGCAAAGAAAGAUUUGAGGGUGGGGAGGAACAUGGACCCACAGUGACUGAACGCUUGACAUUCCACAAACAAAGGACCAGAAAGAAGUGUAAGCCAUCAGAGGAAAAGGUUACUGUUGGUCAGAUGACGACUCUCAGCUCUUGGAUUCUCUGUCUUUCUUCAAUAAGGAACUGACGGAUGGGUGAAGAAGCAACAAUCCAGCGCUUUAUAAAUGCAUUAAUGUGGACGGCCGAGCGGAAAUAUACACAAACAGUAAAGUGGAACAGCGGCACAGAGCGGCACUCCUUGUAGCCCGAGUUAUUCACAUAAAUGUCCCCCUCCUUUUCUUUUCUUUUUUCUUUUUUUAAAAAUACAUAACUCAUAAUAUUGCAGUUGUAAGUAAAUGUAUAUAAAUGGUGCAACUUGUCUUCAAAUGACAUGAAGAAAAGACACUUUUUUUUUUAUUAUUGAGAAAUAUAUAUAACAAAAUUUCUGAAUCAAACAUGUAUUAUUAGACUCGAUGUUUUACACACACACACACACACACACACACACACACAGAGGGUGUAUAUGAAUGUUUUAGUUCAGCUGUCACUAACUUACAGAUUCAAGACUUAAAAUCAAUCCAUGCAUGCACUCUUGUAUUUGUGUCGCCUAACAAAAGGUUUCAUGGCACAGAAUUACAAAUAUGUUGAGUUUACUUUGCACAUUCUCAACACUGUACUUUACUGAACUGGCCUGACAGCUGACACGUUUGACUGGUUUCAGAUCUGUAAAUGUGUCACGCACUGCAGACAAAGUGAAAUUGAUGCUGGUGAACUGAUUUCAAAGGAAAAUCAAUGUGUGUUUACAUGCCUUCUCCUAUGAGUCCUUGUAGUGCUGUGGUGGAGGUUUUAUGAAAUCAAAUGAGUUUUUAUUAUGAAAUCUUUGGAAGGUACCUGUAUAAUCCUGAUUUUUAAGAUCUCACUAAAAUCUUGUGGGAUCAUCUGAGGACGUGAGAGUUACCCAUCAGUCAUUGUUUACCGUAUCGGGUGUGGUUAGGGUAAAGGAGUUCCCUUUUACUCUUUUAUUUGUGCCUUUUUAUUUAAUAAAACAGAUCUGCUCUUUAGGAUUGAUUUAAACCUGAAAUGUCUUCCUAUCGGCAGAUUCUGUGUUUUCAUCAAACCUUUCCCCCCAUAUCUCCUGUCUGUGUUGGAUAUGGUAUUGUUAGGUUCGAUGUUACUUACCAUACAAGAUGCUGUAUAGACGCAAUCAACAGCCACCACCGUUGGAGCCAAUGUCCUGGUAAGAAAGAUGUGUUGAGUUCAGGUGGACUGAAAAAGACGAUGCAACAUUUACUGAGAAUCCUAAUCAUGUAGCAUGUGAGCUGUUCUAAAUAUACGUAUAAAUGUAUGUUUCUUCUUUAAAUUAAAAGGCUGAUCCAAGAAUUUAGCGAGUUGUCAGGAGGACAGGGGUGGUUAGCAUCUUAGAGAUUUCUGCCUCCACCACAUACAACAGGGGGAAGUGUCCGCAUGUGGAUUAUUCGUUCAGUAAGAAAAUGACACUGCGACUUAUAGAAAUACUUUAGCUGAUUAUCCAUUCACCUUUAUUGUUUUGGGCAGGGUUUUUUGUGAGGUGCAGACACCGUUAUCUUAAAGCCUAGACUAAUAAAACCAAAACUAGCUAGAUCGAUAUAACUAGAGGUCAGUAAGGGCAAAAAAAACAAUAAAAGAUAACAUGGCCAUGCGUAACUGCUUAUUUAACAAUAAAAUGUUUUCUUUGUGAGUA